AUGUUGCCUGUCUUGCUGAUCUGCCUCCUACCAGUGGCCUACGGGAAGAACUGCCUCCAAUGCUGGCCAGAGCUGCCGGCCCUGCUGGACUAUGACCUGCAGGUGCUGUGGGGAAGCCCAGGGCCACCCACAGAGCUCUCACAAAGCCUACACUCCUUUUUCCUGGAGGAGAACGCCUUUCUCAUGCCCGGGUAUCUUGCUCGAGACCAUUUGGAAGAGGAAACAGCUAUAUUCUUCACCCACAUAGACAACGCCAUUAAGAAGCUGAGGGAUGAUAAGUCAGCACUCCUGGAAGAGCUUCGUGUUCAGAAGAGUCUUCUGGCCGAGAGGCUGAAGGAGAGGUCCCAAGAGCUGAAGCAGAGGGCCUGCAAUGAUUCCUGUGACAUGCGUACCCCGACGGAGGUCACAGUGUGUGCUGACUGCCGGACGCACUUCCUGUUCUGCAACGACCCCAUCUUCUGCAAAGCUAAGGCUGUCAGGACCUACAAGUGGGUUGUGAUUCUUAUCACCAUCCUAAUGCUCCUGGCUGCGAUUGGCAUCUGUGGUCACUUUUUCUGGCUCCAAAGGAUGAAGAAGGCUGUGGAGGUACUAGGGAAUACACUCCUGUUUGGGGCUCGUAAGGUCUUGAGGCUCAACUCUUGCCUUCCGGGUCUGUCAGAUGAUGUAAUGAAGGAAGUGGGUUCUGAGAAAUACAUCAUGGCUUAUCUCAUCACUGUGUGCACAACACCAAGAGUAGCCCAGUCUAAGGUGAUGCGGUGUCACCAGGUAAGACAAGCUGAUGGGACCCAUAUGGCAUGUACACAUUCAGAUAUAUGUGCAUGCAUGUGGAAGCCAGAAGUCGCCCUCGACUUUGUUCCUCAGGAGCUGGCCAUGAUGUUUUUCUGGGACAGGGUCUUUGACUUUUACUUGGAGCUUGCCAACUGGACUAAACUGGCUGGCCGGCAAGCCUCAGGAAUCCAUCCGCCUCCACCUCCCCAGGGCUGA